UCGGUGCGUCCGCGUCUCCAUGGUAACAGGUAACAACAACUUGGGCUCUACUGCAGAGCGAACGCGGCGCGGAGCUGCACGUGCACAACGUGUUCUAAACGGGUUUUAAUACAGAUUCGAACAUGGGUCGAAGGGAUUGACUCUGCUGGAGCGACGAUUAAUACAGACUCAGAUAUGGAGCAAAGCGCCGAACUACUGAAGCCCCCGCCAGGCAGAGAGCGAGAGCGAGCGGCGCAGUGGAACCGGAACGCGCGGAGGAGGCAGGCGGUGCCUUCCGGAGAGAAGAGCAUUAGAGAGAUACAGCAAAAGCUGAAGGAAGAGCGAGAGGCUAAACGAGCACAGCUGGACGGCAGACAUGACUAUGUGCUCAGUAUCGUGGCUUCCUGCACAGGACUGGAGAAGGCUGAGGUGGAGGAAGCCAUUUUGGAGGGCACGCAGAUUGAGCGGAUGGAGCAGUUCUUUGCGGCUGAUGGCCUUCCACACCUCAUGUUCUAUUUUCAAGAAACGGAGCCAACAGAGUCAGCAGUUGCAUCUUCCGUCAUCCGCAGCAAGAGAGCGAGAGUGUUCGUGACGGAGGGCUCUGACGUCGCUCUGACCGGCGUGUGUGUGUUCUUCACCCGGGCAAACACCUCCAAGGCUGUCACCUCAGAGAACAUCCACAGAGACGUGAACUUCAACAUGCUGGACACCACAGGGGUUGGUCUGCUGAAGAGCGUGGAGCAGCUGCUGUCCGAAAUCUUCAUCCCCACGCUGAGGAAGAUGAACCAUGGCUGGGGAGAGCUGGCCAGCCCUCAGGCACAGACAGUGAAGCAGGACUUCAUCAGCUCUCUGGAGAGCUUUGUUUCUGUGCUGGCUGGGGCACAGGAGAGCCUCGAGGAGAAGGUAAACCUCAAAGAAUGUGACGCGUUUGAUCUGAAAACACUUAAAGGCCCUUCGGACUACACAGCUGUGGCCAACAGCACCGAAGCUCUGGAGAAAAUUGAAGCCUGCAUGAAAGUGUGGAUCAAGCAGAUCGAACAAGUUCUAGCAGAGAGUGACCAGCUGAGGAAAGAGGCCGAUGAUCUGGGUCCCAGAGCAGAGCUGGAUCACUGGAAGAAGCGCAUGUCUCGCUUUAACUACCUACUGGACCAGCUCAAGUGUCCAGACGUCAAAGCUGUGCUGGGGGUCCUCAUGAUAGCCAAGUCUAAACUCAUCAAGGCUUGGAGAGAACUGGAUAUCAGGAUUACUGAUUCUGCCAAUGAGGCCAAAGACAAUGUGAAGUACCUCUACACGCUCGAGAGGUUCUGCGACCCUCUCUACAACAGCGACCCUGUGUCAAUGGUGGAGGCCAUUCCCGGACUCAUAAACGCCAUCCGCAUGAUCCACAGCAUCUCCCGUUACUAUAACACCUCUGAGAAGAUCACUUCCCUCUUUGUCAAAGUCACAAAUCAAAUGAUCACAGCCUGCAAGGCCUACAUCACCAACAAUGGCUCAGCAACAAUAUGGGACCAGCCUCAGGAUGUAGUGGCAGAGAAACUGAGAGCUGCUAUUCGUUUAAAUGAGGAAUACCAGAAAUAUUUCCACAAAACCAAGCAGAAGCUGGAGCAGAGUCCAUCAGAGCGUCAGUUUGACUUCAGUGAGAUGUACAUAUUUGGCAAGUUUGACACAUUCCAGAGGCGUCUCAACAAGAUCCUUGCCAUGUUCAGCACCAUCAGCACCUACUCCGCCCUGCAGGAUUCCAAGAUCGAGGGCCUGGAAACCACGGCAACCAGGUUUCAGACUGCAGACAUGCAAGGGAAAUGGGAGGCCAUUGUGUUAACUAUAAAAAAGAAGCCAUACAGUUUCCUGGACCAGAGAAGGACUGAUUUUGAUCAGGACUAUGAGGAAUUUUGUAAGCAAACUGCUGAACUGCAUAAUCAGCUCAGAACCUUCAUGGACAACACAUUUGACAAACUUCAGAGCACUGAGAGAGCCUUGAAUGUUCUAAAGAAAUUUGAAAGACUUUGUAUCCCAGACCUGGGCAUUGAAGAGAAAUACCAGAAGGUCUUGCAGAACUACGGCCGUGACAUCGAAAUGGUCUCGCGCAUAUACACCAAACAGAAAAUGGAGCCACCCAUUGCCCGCGACCUCCCUCCCGUGGCAGGGAAGAUCCUGUGGGCCCGGCAGCUCUAUCGGCGAAUUCAGGAGCCCAUGGAACUCUUCCAGCAGCAUCCUGGCAUCCUAGACACCCCCGAAGCCAAGCGCAUCAUACGUAACUAUAACCGAGUCGCUAAAGUGUUGCUGGAGUUUGAAGUGCUGUACCACCAAGGCUGGAUGUCUCAGAUUGAGGUGGCUAGAAUUGGCCUGCAGGCUUCACUGCUGGUCAAAUGCCCAGACACCAGGCAGCUGUAUGUGAACUUCGACCCCCAGAUCCUGACUCAGAUCCGGGAGACAGACUGCAUGAGCCGGAUGGGGUUGGAGAUUCCACCCUUUGCUAAUAUUUUGCGGCAGAAGCAGGACGUUCUCAAAAAGAAUUACAACAAACUCCAGAUGGUGCUGACAGAGAACUCCAGGGUGAGGGCAAAGAUUCAGGCCCCCUUCGAACAAAUGCUCACCCCUCAUGUGGCAAAAGUGGAUGAGGCCAUUCUGCCAGGCCUGACCUCCCUCAACUGGGCGUCUUUGAACAUUGAGAAAUACCUCAGCCGUAUCACUGCUGCACUCGAGGACCUGGAGCUGCUGUUGGACCGGGCCAAUGACCUGGUGCAGUUUAGGAUCAAUGCUGUUCUGCAGGAGAUGAGUGCUGCUACACUGUGUGUGCUGCCUGAGGAUGAGCCUGUGACAUGUGAAGAGUUUGUGCAGACUACCAAGGAGCUUUGCAUUAAGGGGGCACAGCUGCUGCACAUGAAGAGCUCACUGGUGGAGGAGGCGGCCAAUGAGCUGAUCAAUAUGCUGCUGGACUUUGAGCAAAAGCAAGAGGAAGAGGAGAAAGGUCCUGAUGAGAGCAGGACUGAGAGCAAAGAACCCACUGAGAGUGACGGAGAAGAGGAGAGCAAAUCGGAAAGCAGAGUAUUUUCCCGUAACACCACUGUGCCCAGUGUGGGGCCUUCCUCUCCACUGGCAAGGAAGAAGAGGAAGAGAGACAUGAUGGAGGUGAUGGAGGAAGAGGCACAGGAGCUGCUCUCACAUUUUAACCACCGCAAUGUGGACGCACUGCUGCGCCUGACCCGCAACACGCUGGAGAUGCUCCGCAAGCGCAUCCACGCCUCCUCGCUAAUGCACUUCCUGGCAGAAGCUGACUCUCCUAGCUGGCAGAAGAGCAACAGUCAACAGCCCAUCUUCAGAGCAGGAGUGUGUCUGGCCAUCCCCAAUGUCAUAAUGGUGCCAGGACUGGAUGAGGUCCAGCAGACUUUAAAUAAAGCUGUUGAGUGUGUGGUCAGCAUCAGCAAGGGCGUUGGCCAGUGGAGCAAGGAGAGGAUAUCUAAGAGGAAGAUGAGUGAGAGGCGCAUGGCUGCACUGAGGCAAGAGAGCAGAGACAGUGACUCUGAAGAUGGUGACACGACGUACCGCAGCAUCACGGAUGGCAGUACUUCAGACAUCUCCGCCUCCGCCCAUCAGGUCAUUCCUUUCCAAGCCAAGAACUACCACAAAAGCGUUUCUGAGAACAAGGAGAUCGUCAAGCUGGUGUCCGUGCUCAGCACCUCUAUCAACUCCACCAAGAAGGAGGUGAUGAACGCUCUGGACCGCUUCAGCCGAUACCACCACAUCUGGAGGAAGGACAGAGAGAGCACCAUCCAGAAGUUCAGCCAGGGCAACCCUCUGCUGGCGGAGUUCGAGACUCAGAUCCUCUACUACCGGGACCUGGAGCUGGAGAUCAAUGCUGAACCUGAAUUUAUCACUGUAGGGGCACUGGCACUUUACACAACCGAUCUGAAGCUGGCCCUCACUGCGGAAACCAAGGGCUGGAUGGUGGACUUCGGCCACCACUGCAACAAGAAGUACCGCACUGAGAUGGAGCAGAUCUUUACGUUUGUGGAUGAAGCAGGAAAGAAGCUAAAUCGGCAAAUUAAAGACCUGGAUGACAUUCGCAUUGCCAUGGCAGCGCUCAAAGAGAUCAGGGAGCAUCAGAUCACCAUAGACUUCCAAGUGGGACCCAUUGAGGAAUCCUACGCCAUGCUGAAUAAGUUUGAGCUGUCAGUGGCCAAGGAAGAGACAGAGAAAGUGGACACAUUGCGCUACACAUGGGAGAAGCUGCUGGCUCGCAGUUCAGAGGUGCAGAAUGAGUUGGUCUCUUUGCAGCCCAACUUCAGGGGAGAGCUAAUUAGCAAUGUGGAGACAUUCGUGGAGGACUGUGACCACUUCUACCAGGACUAUGAGCAGGAUGGUCCCAUGGUGAUUGGCUUGGCUCCCCAGGAUGCCAGUGACAGACUAAUUAUGUUUCAGAACCGCUUUGAUAACCUCUACCGCAAAUACAUCACCUUCACUGGAGGCGAAGAGCUCUUUGGCCUGCCAGUUACUCCGCAUCCUCAGCUGCUUGAGAUCAGGAAGCAGCUGACCCUGCUACAGAAACUCUAUGGCCUUUACAGCAACGUCAUUGACACCGUCAAUGGCUACUAUGACAUCCUCUGGGCUGAUGUUCACAUCGAGAGGAUCAACAGUGAGCUCCUAGACUUCCAAACAAGAUGCCGUAAGCUGCCCCGGGCCCUGAAGGAGUGGCAGGCCUUUUUGGACCUGAAAAAAAACAUUGAUGAGUUUAGUGAGUGCUGCCCCCUGCUGGAGCUAAUGGCCAAUCGAGCCAUGAUGACACGCCACUGGAAGAGAAUCACAGAGGUCACGGGUCACACCUUCGAGGUAGAAACGGACACAUUUAAGCUUCGCAGCAUCAUGGAGGCCCCACUCCUCAAGUACAAGGAGGAAAUAGAAGAUAUUUGUAUCAGUGCUGUGAAAGAGCGAGACAUCGAGCAGAAACUGAAGCAGGUGAUCGCCGAGUGGGACAACAAGACCUUCACCUUCGCCCAGUUUAAAACCCGUGGGGAACUGUUGCUGCGUGGAGACAGCACCUCCGAAAUCAUCAGCAACAUGGAAGACAGCCUCAUGGUGCUGGGCUCCCUCAUGAGCAACAGGUACAAUACCCCAUUCAAGGCUCAGAUCCAGAAGUGGGUCCAGAACCUGUCCAAUACUACAGACAUAAUCGAGAACUGGAUGACUGUGCAGAACCUCUGGAUCUACUUGGAGGCAGUAUUUGUCGGUGGAGACAUAGCCAAACAGCUUCCCAAGGAGGCUAAGCGCUUCUCCAACAUUGAUAAGUCCUGGGUAAAGAUCAUGACUCGAGCCCAUGAGAUGCCUAAUGUGGUACAGUCCUGCGUGGGGGAUGAGACUAUGGGCCAACUCCUGCCUCAUCUGCUUGAACAGCUUGAGAUCUGCCAGAAAUCCCUCACUGGGUACCUGGAGAAGAAGCGUCUGCUGUUCCCACGUUUUUUCUUUGUGUCAGACCCAGCUUUGCUGGAGAUCUUGGGCCAGGCAUCUGAUUCUCACACCAUCCAGGCUCACCUGCUCAACGUUUUCGACAACAUCAAAUCCGUCCGCUUUCAUGAGAAGAUAUAUGACAGGAUCUUGGCCAUCUCGUCACGUGAGGAGGAAACAGUGGAGCUGGAUCGGCCAGUCACAGCUGAGGGCAACGUGGAAGUGUGGCUAAAUGCCCUCCUGAAGGAAUCUCAGAGGUCUUUGCACCUUGUCAUCCGCAAGGCAGCCAUGGCCAUUCAAGACUCUGCCUUCCAUCUUAUCGACUUUCUGGACUCCUUCCCUGCCCAGGUGGGCUUGCUGGGUGUCCAGAUGAUCUGGACGAGAGAUUCUGAAGACGCCUUGACUAAUGCCCGGUAUGAUCGGAAGAUCAUGACCAAGACCAACCAGUCUUUCCUGGAGCUGCUCAACACUCUGAUUGAUAUGACCACUAAGGACUUGGGGACAGUGGAACGGACCAAAUAUGAAACCUUAAUCACCAUUCACGUCCAUCAGAGGGACAUCUUUGAUGACUUGUGUCGUUUGCAUAUCAAGAGCCCCAAUGAUUUUGAAUGGCUGAAACAGUGUCGCUUCUACUUCAAUGAAGACCUGGAUAAGAUGAUGAUCAACAUCACAGAUGUGGGCUUUGUGUAUCAGAACGAGUUUCUUGGCUGCACUGAUAGACUGGUCAUUACUCCACUCACAGACAGGUGCUACAUUACCUUGGCCCAAGCCUUAGGGAUGAGUAUGGGGGGAGCCCCGGCUGGACCAGCUGGAACAGGAAAGACAGAGACCACGAAAGACAUGGGCCGCUGUCUUGGAAAGUACGUGGUCGUCUUCAACUGCUCUGACCAGAUGGAUUUCAGAGGUCUUGGGAGAAUAUUUAAAGGCCUCGCUCAGUCCGGCUCCUGGGGCUGCUUUGAUGAGUUCAACCGUAUUGAUCUCCCUGUGCUGUCCGUGGCUGCUCAGCAGAUCGCCAUAGUCCUUACCUGCAAGAAAGAGCGCAGGAAAUCCUUCAUCUUCACCGAUGGAGACUCUGUGGAGAUGAAUCCUGAAUUUGGCAUCUUCCUUACCAUGAACCCUGGUUAUGCAGGCCGUCAGGAACUUCCAGAGAACCUGAAGAUCAACUUCCGCUCUGUGGCUAUGAUGGUUCCUGACCGGCAGAUUAUCAUUCGCGUGAAACUAGCCAGCUGUGGUUUCAUCGACAACAUCGAACUCGCCAGGAAGUUCUUCACCCUUUACAAACUGUGUGAGGAGCAGCUCUCCAAACAGGUUCACUAUGACUUUGGCCUGAGGAAUAUUCUGUCAGUCCUGCGCACACUGGGUGCUGCCAAACGAGCCAAUCCGAGUGACACAGAGUCCACCAUCGUCAUGAGGGUGCUGCGGGAUAUGAACCUGUCCAAACUUAUUGAUGAGGAUGAGCCGCUGUUUCUGAGCUUGAUUGAAGAUCUCUUCCCCGGAAUUCAGCUGGACAAGGCAGGUUAUCCUCAACUGGAGGCAGCCAUAGACAAACAGGUCACAGAAGCUGGUCUCAUAAAUCACCCUCCUUGGAGGCUGAAGGUGAUCCAGCUGUAUGAGACUCAGAGGGUGCGUCAUGGGAUGAUGGCACUGGGACCCAGCGGAGCAGGCAAGAGCACCUGCAUCCACACACUGAUGAAGGCCAUGACUGACUGUGGUCAGCCUCACAGAGAGAUGAGAAUGAAUCCCAAAGCCAUUACCGCACCCCAGAUGUUUGGCAGACUCGAUGUGGCGACCAAUGACUGGACCGACGGCAUUUUCUCCACACUCUGGAGAAAGACCCUCAGAGCCAAAAAAGGUGAGCACAUUUGGAUCGUUCUGGAUGGACCAGUCGACGCCAUAUGGAUAGAGAACCUGAAUUCGGUACUAGAUGAUAACCGCACGCUGACGCUGGCUAACGGUGAUCGCAUUCCCAUGGCUCCCAACUGCAAGAUCGUCUUUGAGCCACACAACAUCGACAAUGCUUCUCCAGCUACUGUUUCCCGCAAUGGCAUGGUCUUCAUGAGCUCUUCUGUGCUUAACUGGAGUCCAAUUCUGGAGGGUUGGCUGAUGAAGCGUUCUACGCAGGAGGCUGAGGUGCUGCGUGAGCUGUUCUCUAGCUCUUUCCCUGAACUCUUCCGCUUCAGUAUCCAGUCUCUGGACUUCAAGAUGGAUAUGCUGGAGGCCUUCGUCGUCAUGCAAUGCAUCAACAUGCUGCAAGGCCUUGUCCAGCCCAAGGAGCAGGGUGGGGAGAUAUCCCUGGAGCACAUGGAGCGCCUGUACGUGUUUGCCCUCAUGUGGAGUGUCGGUGCUCUCCUGGAGCUGGACGAUCGAAAAAAGAUGGAGCGCUGGCUCCGUCACCAUGACAACAUCCAUCUGGACCUGCCGGACAUCCCUCCCCACAGUGAGGACACCAUGUUCGACUACCAUGUAACCAACGAUGGUCAGUGGGUCCACUGGAGCUCUCGUGUGGAGGAGUACAUCUACCCUCCAGACUCUACGCCAGAGUACAGCUCUAUACUGGUGCCCAAUGUGGACAACGUCCGCACAGACUUCCUCAUCCAGACCAUCGCCAAGCAGGGCAAGGCUGUGCUCUUGAUUGGAGAGCAGGGCACUGCUAAAACGGUCAUCAUCAAAGGCUACCUGUCCAAAUAUGACCCAGAAUCCCACACCGCUAAGCGCCUCAACUUCUCCUCAGCCACAACACCUCUCAUGUUCCAGCGCUCUGUGGAGAGCUACGUGGAUAAGCGAAUGGGAACUACUUAUGGACCCCCUGCAGGGAAGAAGAUGUCCAUUUUUAUUGAUGACAUCAACAUGCCUGUCAUCAAUGAGUGGGGAGACCAGGUCACGAAUGAGAUAGUGCGGCAGCUGAUGGAGCAAAAGGGCUUCUUUAACCUGGAAAAACCAGGGGAGUUCACUAACAUCGUGGACAUCCAGUUCCUGGCAGCUAUGAUCCACCCAGGAGGAGGACGGAAUGACAUUCCUCAGAGACUGAAGAGACAGUUCUCAAUCUUCAACUGUACUCUCCCCUCCAAUGCCUCCAUAGACAAGAUCUUUGGAGUGAUAGGUACAGGUCACUACUGCUCUCAACGCAGCUUUACUGAGGAUGUGAGAGAGAUGGUGGCCCGGCUGGUCCCUCUGACCCGCCGGCUCUGGCAGAUGACCAAGAUCAAGAUGCUGCCCACGCCAGCCAACUUCCAUUACAUCUUCAACCUGCGUGACCUCUCCCGCAUCUGGCAGGGAAUGCUCAAUGUGUCUGCUGACGUGAUCGACACGCCCAACGUUCUAUUGCGUCUUUGGAAGCAUGAGUGUAAGCGGGUGAUUGCCGACCGCUUCACAAGCCCAGAAGAUGUGGCCUGGUUCGACCUCACUCUGGCCAAUCUUGUGGAGGAGGAACUAGGCGAAGAGGACAGGGCUGCAGUAGAACCUGGAGUGGAUGCCUACUUUGUGGACUUCCUUCAGGAUGCUCCUGAGGCCACAGGAGAGGAGCCUGAGGACACCGACUUUGACAUGCCGAAAGUAUAUGAGCCUAUUGCCUCAUUUGCCAGCCUGAGGGACAGACUGAAUAUGUUCCUGGGCCUGUACAACGAGAGCAUCCGGGGAGCUGGCAUGGACUUGGUCUUCUUCACAGAUGCCAUGGUUCACCUGGUCAAGGUGUCCCGCAUAAUUCGGACUCCUCGCGGGAGUGCCCUCUUGGUUGGUGUCGGGGGCUCAGGCAAACAGAGUUUGACGAGGCUGGCGUCUUUCAUUGCCGGAUACAAAACCUUCCAGAUCACUCUGACACGUUCCUAUAACACUGCUAACCUGAUGGAGGACCUGAAGGGCUUGUACAGGACAGCAGGCCAGCAGGGCAAAGGCGUCAGCUUCAUCUUUACUGACAACGAGAUCAAGGACGAGUCCUUCCUGGAGUACAUGAACAACGUCCUCGCGUCCGGAGAGGUGUCCAGCUUGUUUGCUCGCGAUGAGAUUGAUGAAAUCCUCAGUGACCUCAUCCCUGUCAUGAAACGGGAAUAUUCACGGCGCCCACCCACCAACGAAAACCUUUACGAGUACUUCAUGAGCAGGGUGCGGCAGAACCUGCAUGUGGUGCUGUGCUUCUCACCGGUGGGAGAGAAAUUCCGAAACCGAGCGCUGAAGUUCCCUGCCCUCAUCUCGGGAUGCACCAUGGACUGGUUCAGCCGCUGGCCGAAAGAUGCCCUCAUCGCAGUCUCGGAGCACUUCUUGUCCACCUAUGACAUUGACUGCUCCCCUCAGGUCAAAGGGGAGGUGGUACAGUGCAUGGGCUCCUUCCAAGACGGCGUGGCUGAGAAGUGCGUGGACUACUUCCUGAGAUAUCGUCGUUCGACCCACGUCACCCCCAAGUCCUACCUGUCUUUCAUCCAGGGCUACAAGACCAUCUACAAAGAGAAGCACUUGGAAGUCCAAACCCUCGCCAACCGAAUGAAUACAGGCCUGCAGAAGUUGAAGGAAGCCUCUGAGUCAGUCGCUGCUCUCAGCAAAGAGCUGGAGGUGAAGGAGAAGGAGUUGAAGAUUGCCAAUGAGAAAGCUGACAUGGUACUGAAGGAGGUCACAGUGAAAGCUCAGGCAGCAGAAAAGGUCAAAGUUGAGGUCCAGAAGGUUAAGGACAAAGCCCAGGCCAUCGUCGACAGCAUCUCAGCGGAUAAGGCCAUUGCGAAGGAGAAGCUGGAGGCAGCCAGGCCAGCACUGGAAGAGGCAGAGGCAGCGCUGCAGACGAUCAAGCCAUCAGACAUUGCCACAGUGCGUACACUAGGCAGGCCGCCACACCUGAUCAUGCGGAUUAUGGAUUGUGUGCUGCUGCUCUUCCAGCGGAGGCUGAACUCAGUGAAGAUUGACCCUGAAAGAAACUGCACCACGCCCUCCUGGCAGGAGUCACUCAAGCUCAUGACAGCUGGGAACUUCUUGGGCAGUCUUCAGCAAUUCCCCAAAGACACCAUCAACGAGGAGGUGGUGGAGCUUCUCUACCCAUACUUUGACAUGGCCGACUACAACAUUGAGACAGCCAAGCGGGUGUGUGGCAACGUGGCAGGACUCUGCUCCUGGACCAAAGCCAUGGCUGCUUUCUUCUCCAUCAAUAAGGAAGUGCUGCCUUUGAAGGCUAAUCUAGCAGUGCAGGAGAACAGGCUGGCCAUUGCAAAUGUGGACCUGCAGAAAGCCCAAGCAGAGUUGGAUGCCAAGCAGGCUGAGCUGGAUGUGGUGCAGGCUGAAUAUGAGAAGGCAAUGGCCGAAAAACAGAUGUUACUGGAGGAUGCAGAACGUUGCAGGCACAAGAUGCAAACAGCGUCCAGCCUGAUCAGUGGACUGGCAGGCGAGAAGGCUCGCUGGACUGAGCAAAGCAAAGAGUUUGCUGCUCAGACCAAGAGACUUGUUGGAGAUGUACUUCUUGCCACCGCAUUUCUGUCGUACUCCGGCCCCUUCAACCAGGAGUUCCGUAACCUGCUGCUCACUGACUGGCAGAGGGAGAUGAAGACACGUUGCAUUCCCUUCGGGACCAAUCUCAACCUGACCGAGAUGUUGAUUGACGCGCCAACGGUGAGCGAAUGGAACCUCCAGGGUUUGCCUAACGAUGACCUGUCCAUCCAGAAUGGGAUAAUAGUGACAAAAGCGGCCCGGUUUCCACUCCUCAUCGACCCACAGACUCAGGGCAAGACUUGGAUCAAGAAUAAAGAGGCCAAGAACGAGCUUCAGAUCACAUCUCUGAAUCACAAAUACUUCAGGAACCAUCUAGAAGACAGCUUGUCUCUAGGGCGCCCCCUACUGAUCGAGGACGUAGGCGAGGAACUGGAUCCUGCUCUGGACAAUGUCCUGGAGAAGAACUUCAUCAAGACUGGUUCUACAUAUAAGGUGAAAGUGGGUGAUAAGGAGGUGGACGUCAUGAAGGGUUUUCGGCUGUAUGUGACCACCAAGCUUCCCAACCCGGCAUACACCCCAGAGAUUAGCGCCCGCACAGCCAUCAUCGACUUCACUGUCACAAUGCGUGGCCUGGAAGACCAGUUACUGGGCAGGGUCAUCCUCACUGAGAAACAGGAACUGGAGAAGGACCGUACAGACCUGCUAGAGGAUGUGAUGGCCAACAAGCGCAAGAUGAAGGAGUUGGAGGACAAUCUUCUGUUUAGGUUGACCAGCACGCAAGGCUCCCUGGUGGAUGACGAGAGUCUGAUUGUGGUACUAGGCAACACCAAACGCACUGCUGAGGAGGUCGCCCAGAAGCUCCAGAUAGCUGCGGAGACCGAGAUCCAAAUCAAUGCAGCACGAGAGGAGUACCGACCUGUGGCGACCAGAGGCAGUAUCCUGUACUUCCUAAUAACAGAGAUGAGCAUGGUGAAUGUGAUGUACCAGACCUCUUUGCGUCAGUUCCUGGGCUUAUUUGACUUGUCACUGGCCAGGUCCUUAAAGAGUCCCAUUACAAGCAAGCGUAUUGCCAACAUCAUUGAGUACAUGACAUAUGAGGUGCACAAGUACGCAGCCAGAGGCCUGUAUGAGGAACACAAGUUUCUGUUCACCCUCCUGCUUGCGCUCAAGAUUGACAUGCAGAGCAAUCGUGUGAAACAUGAGGAGUUCCUGACCCUAAUUAAAGGCGGAGCUUCUCUGGAUCUGAAAGCCUGCCCACCCAAAGCAGCUAAGUGGAUUCUGGACAUGACCUGGCUCAACCUGGUCGAACUCAGCAAACUGUGGCAGUUCUCUGACAUUCUGGAUCAGAUUGGCCGUCAUGACAAGCAGUGGAAGAGCUGGUUUGAUAAGGAGGCUCCAGAGGAGGAGGUCAUUCCUAACACUUACGACCAGUCCCUGGACUGCUUCAGACGCCUCCUGCUCAUCCGCUCCUGGUGUCCGGACAGAACUAUUGCCCAGGCACGUAAAUACAUCAUGGACUCGAUGGGGGAGAGGUACGCAGAGAGCGUGAUUUUGGACCUGGAGAAGACAUGGGAGGAGUCUGACCCACGCACACCCCUCAUCUGCUUACUAUCCAUGGGCUCGGACCCCACUGACUCCAUCAUUGCCUUGGGAAAGAGGCAGAAGGUGGAGACACGCUAUGUGUCCAUGGGGCAAGGCCAGGAGGUGCACGCCCGCAAAUUGCUGCAGCAGUCCAUGGCUAACGGUGGCUGGGCUCUUCUACAGAACUGUCACCUGGGCCUGGACUUCCUUGAUGAGCUGAUGGACACCAUGACAGAGACAGACAGUAUCCAUGAGAGCUUCCGUCUGUGGAUGACUACUGAAGUGCACCGCCAUUUCCCCAUCACACUGCUGCAGAUGUCCAUCAAGUUUACCAACGAGCCUCCACAAGGCCUGAAGGCCGGCCUCAAGAGGACAUACCAAGGGAUCAGUCAGGACCUUCUGGAUGUGAGUAACAUGGUGCAGUGGCGGCCCAUGCUCUACAGCGUGGCCUUCCUGCACUCCACCGUCCAAGAGAGGCGUAAGUACGGUCCGCUGGGCUGGAGCAUCCCAUAUGAGUUCAACCAGGCCGACUUCAAUGCCACUGUGCAGUUCGUGCAGAACCACUUGGAUGAUAUGGACAUCAAAAGAGGAGUGUCCUGGAGCACUGUUCGCUACAUGAUCGGCGAGAUCCAGUAUGGUGGCAGAGUGACAGAUGAUUAUGACAAGCGGCUUUUGAACACUUUUGCCAAAGUUUGGUUCAGUGAGAACAUGUUUAGCCCUGACUUCCACUUCUACAAGGACUACAACAUCCCCAGGUGCACUGGUGUGGACCAGUACCUACAGUACAUACAGGCUCUCCCAGCGUACGACACCCCAGAGGUGUUUGGCCUCCACCCCAACGCCGACAUCACCUACCAAAGCAAGCUGGCCAAGGAUGUCCUGGACACUAUCCUCAGCAUCCAGCCCAAAGACAGCUCCAGUGGAGGGGGGGAGACCCGGGAAGCGGCGGUGGGCCGGCUGGCUGAUGACAUGCUGGAGAAACUACCACCAGAUUAUGUGCCGUUUGAGGUGAGAGAGAGGUUGGUGAAGAUGGGUUCCUUGCAGCCCAUGAACAUCUUCCUGAGACAGGAGAUUGACCGUAUGCAGCGUGUGUUGGGAUUGGUGAGGAGUACGCUCACUGACCUGAAGCUGGCCAUCGACGGCACCAUCGUCAUGAGCGAGAACCUUCGUGAUGCACUCGAUUGCAUGUAUGACGCCCGCAUUCCUGCCCGCUGGAAAAAGGCCUCCUGGGCUUCCAGCACUCUGGGCUUCUGGUUCACAGAGCUUUUGGAGCGGAACCGGCAGUUUCAGGGCUGGAUCUUUGAGGGACGACCAAACUGCUUCUGGAUGACAGGCUUCUUCAACCCACAGGGCUUCCUGACAGCCAUGAGACAGGAAAUCACUCGGGCAAACAAAGGCUGGGCCCUGGACCGGAUGGUGCUGUGCAAUGAAGUGACGAAGUGGAUGAAAGACGACAUCACUCAGCCACCACAGGAAGGCGUGUACGUGUACGGCUUGUACCUGGAGGGCGCAGGCUGGGACCGCCGUAACUGCAGGCUCACCGACUCCAAACCUAAAGUGCUGUUUGAAAUGAUGCCCGUGGUCAGAAUGUAUGCUGAGAACAACGGUGUCAAGGACUCUCGCCACUACUCCUGUCCCAUUUAUAAGAAACCUGUGAGGACGGACCCGAACUGCAUUGCAGCUGUGGACCUGAGAACAAGCCAUCCUCCUGAGUACUGGAUAUUGCGAGGUGUAGCUUUGCUGUGUGAUGUAAAAUAAUCUCCAUAGACCUGUGGGCUUACAUUACUUUCAGACCUGUUUCAGUGCAUCAUUCUCUGCCUUUGCUGGUCUAGCUGUGGCAUUUCUAUUUGAUCUGUUCAGUAUUUUUAAACUCUCAAAUCAUGUACAUCUUACCUGCUGCAAUUUCUACUUUUUGUACAGGAGGCUAAACUCUACAACUAAAUUCUAUUAAAUAAAUACUUUUGGAGCAA